UAUCUAAGUUGAAUUUUUGUGAUGUUGUACAUACAUUCUUAAAAAUGGUUACAAAACAAUGUCCAAAAUGUCAACAGCAUGUUCCAGUUGCUUGCAAAGCUUGUCCAUGCAGUCAUGUAUUCUUUGUUGCAAGACGUCCUGUCAGUGUACAUAAAGUUGGCAGAACUGAUGAUGGAGAAGUAAAAAGACGAAGAACUGAACGCACAAAAAGAGAAAGGCCUGAUUAUUUUAAUUCCUUACAAAUUGAAAAUGAGCUCAAAAAGAUGAAAAAUAUGCAAAGAACGCGUAAAAAAGCUGAAAACAGUAACGCAAAUGAAAAAGAGGGUGAGGGAUCCAACAGCGAAGGCAGCGAAGCUGCCAAUAGAUCAAGAACAUCUCUAAAUACUAAGCACAAAAAGAGAGGAAGACCUAAAAAAAAUCCUUCGAACACCGAAAAGAGCGAGCCAAAAUCAGUUGAAAAGGAAGAAGAUAUUGACAUGUUUGCAAAUUUAUCAAAAGAGAAGGAACAGCAAUUUAACGUAAUAUUAUCUGAAAUCAAUAGAAAAAUAAUGAUACAGCAAUUCGUAGGGGAGUGACGUCUUUCUAGUGCCCUACCUUCCACUCCCUGUUUUAUUUAACUUUUUUCAGACUUUAUAAACUAUUGAGGUGUAAAGAAUUUUUAUUAAAGCCUUUUAAUUUGUAAAUUUGCUCAUAUUUUAAAUUUCCAUUUGAUGCACUUCAACACAUCCCAUUGUUAUUUAUUGUGUUUUUUUUUUUUUUUUUUUGUGUAAGAAAGUUUUAAUUGCACUGCACAAUUUUCAAAUUUCUCAACAGUUUUGUGAAUAGUUUUAAUAAAGUUUUGUUUGAGUAAAAUAAAUUUUGUAGUACUUAUAGCAAUGCUUUCAGAAAAGAAUUAAUGUACUUUAGAAGUAUCUCAGUUAUUGAUGGAAUGAAGCUUCAGCAUGGCCGAAUCAUGAGCUGUGAUUAGGCCUUUAUGUUGCAAAUUAUUAUAUGAGAUAUUAUUAUA